AUGUCCUCGGACACUCUUGGUGCCUCAAUCAACAAGCUCAUCAGAGAUCGAAAUCGUCGUCGAGCCUCAUCAGUUUCUAACCAUCAAUUACCACUUCAAUUAGUGCUCAAAAGACUUGCAAUAAGGCUCAUCAAUGCGAAAAUAUUUAGGGUCAUCGUUGUAUCGAUAGUAUUUUUGAUCCUAGCGAUGAAGAACUCCGAAAAAAUAUACUACAAGUCCCUUGAUAUAUUUGAUCCCAUUCAUGUCAGUGAGCCAUCGAAAUUAUUCAAUAGCGGUAUCGACAUGUGCGAGAAAUACCUGCUUAUAAGCGAUGAUGGAAAAUCAUUGUAUGAUUAUAGUAAAACCAAGAGCAGGGUGAUGGAUCCUGAAUUUGAAGUGAUCACGUAUGAAGAUUUGUACCAUAAUUCUAAUAGAAAUAAAGAUAGCGUUGAUGAGAAUUCUGAUCUGCCCAAUAGUACCGUGGCUGCUGGAUCAGUCAAGGAUUCAUUUUUCUUUGCUGCAUUAUUGGAAGACUCGACCGUUCAAAAUUUCAAAAGUUUAGUCAAUCGAUUGAGUAAAGUUGAUAUCGAUGGAAGUUUAAUUACUGUGGCAGUUUUGUUGCAAGAUAGUAAUGUUGAUGAUGGAAGCAUUGAAGCUUUUCUCGAUAAUUACUUCAGAUUGAGCGAUACCAAUGUUCGAAAUUUCAGAAAAUUCAUUUUAAUCAACCAAUAUUCCGAGCAAUUGCAAAGUGGAAAUUCCAGAGAGUCAAAAAAUGACGGUGGGGGGCUCACAAAUAAUCAACGGCUCAGCCAAGAAGUCAAGCUAAGUAACUUGAGAAAUUUCUUGGUGAACACUGGGAUGACUACAGAGCGGUACCUCAUAUCUUUAAUAAAUUGGAAUGGAUUUGAUCCAGUGGCAUUUAGCGCUCUCAAACCAGAUAUCGCCUCAACUAAACAAAAAAUUUUAGUUGGAUACGAGCCAAAGGGCAAUACCGAGGAAGAUGAUGACGAUGAUCAUCAUGAUCCGCCAGGAUCACUGCCAUUCACCGUUCAGUUUGUGGCGAUGAAGAGUGUAAUUUUUAACCAAGGUAUACAAUUCAAUAGAAUAUUGCUCAAUGGCAAUUCUUGGACUCGUGGUGAAUUGGCUGCUGGUUUACUUACUGAAGUAGAGAAUUUAUGUUAUCAAGCAGAUGCUAUUGGCAUCAGCUGCAACUUUGUUUCAGUGUGA